AGUAUACCCAUGUGCGUAUACGGGUUAGGCUGUGGAUAUUUUUACAUACAUAUUUGUAUGUAUAUUCAUAUAUAGAGCACAAAGGAGGCGCAGUCAUAGAAGCUUCCUAGGCACAUCCAAAUACCUUGAGGGGCUGAGUUUCUGGGGCUGAAGCCUGGGGACCCUGGCCUCAGGGGACAUGUAGCUCAAUUGGCAUGACAUAGUUCAUAAAGAAAAUGUUCCACAUACCACUUUGGUGAGUAGCAUUUGGGGUCUUAGAAGCUUGCAAGUAGCCAUCUAAGAUACAUCUAUUAGUCUCAUCCUGUCUGGAGCAAAGAAGAAUGAGAAAAACCAAAGACACAAGGAAAAUAUUAAUCCAAAGGACUGAUGAAUCACAGCCUUUACCAGGCUGAACCCAGAAUAACUAGAUGGUACCAGGUUAUCAUCAUUGACUGCUCUGAAAGGGAUCACAAUAGAGGGUCCCGGGCAGAGAGGGAGAAAAAAUGUAGAACAAAAUUCAAAUUCACAUAAAAAGAUCAGACUUACUGGCCUGACAGAGACUGUAGGAACCCCCAGGACUAUAGGCCCUUGGACACCCUGCUAAUUCAAGACUGAAACUGAAGCCACUCCCGAAGUCCAUCGUUCAGCCAAAGAUUAGACAGACCUACAAAGCAAACAAUAACAUGCAUGAGGGGCACGCUCCUUAGAUCAAUAAAGUAUAUGAGACCAAAUGGGCAAUGUCUGCUCAAAAACUAAGAUAAGAAGGCAGGAAGGGACAGGAAGACUGAAGGCAUGGACACGGGGAACCUGGAGCAGAAAGGGGGAGAGUGCUGACAGUGCAGUGAUUGCAACCAAUGUCACGAAAAAGUUUGUGUAUAAAUUUUUGAAUGAGAAACUAAUUUUCUCUGUAAACUCUCACCUAAAACACACACACAUACAGUAUAUUUAAGCUAAGAAAUUCCUGGACGAAUACCAACAAACUGGUAAUGUUGCCUCCAGGAGGGUGAACUGGAUGGUUGGCGGAGGGAGUGGGAAACACGGAGGUUUUAUUUUUAUCACCUUUUAUAAAAUAAGAAAAAAAUAUAAAAAGAUUAAACAUGAAUGUACUUCAGGCAGUAGUCCUAUUGUUUGCCAGCAGGCUGGGUGUGUGACCUGCCUCUGCCCCACUCUCUGCCCAGUAGAGAGAGCUUUGGUCCCUUUUCCCACCUACGAGCUGCAUGGACAGGUGGACAAGCAGAAUUCCCAGCCCACCUGCCCUUGCUUUGACUCUCCUUUUAUGUGGCUCUUCAGCCUGAUUUCCUGGCACUCUGAACAGACUGGAUUAGGUGAAACGCUGCAAGACCCAGAGUGGGGACAGUGACAUCUCUUCCCAUUUCCUCCUCGCACAGUACAGUUAGUCACUGUGCUGGUCCCUUCAGCUGAAAGCACCCAGCCAAGCCCUCCUGCUCUGGGAAGCAGGGGUGUGAUGUGGUUGCAAGGAGAUGGCAUUGAUUGGAUGAGCCAAGACCACCUGACUCAAGGUCAGCCACUCAGAAGAUGUCCAGCAUCCUCAGUGGGGGUAGAUCCAAAGGAUUCUGGCCAAUGGUGGCAGGAGGUAAUUAGCUAAGCCAACCCCACUGUCUCCUUCCAUAAUUAAGGCUUGGGAAUCCUCCAAAGAUCACUGCACUGAAACCACAACAGAAUGGAGCGGAAAUGCUGAGAGAGGUUGUGUCUUCAUGGGAGCAAGACCACAUGGGCCGGGAGACUAGCUGGCUCCGCAGAGAUGCUAAGGGUCCUUGAGAAUUUUACAGCUUUAGCCGGCACCCUGAUUUUGAACUUCUAGCCUCCUAAAUUGUGUGGGAAUAAAUUUCUGUUUGCCAAAGCCAUCUACUUGUGGUAUUUCUGUUACAGUAAUACCAGAUAACUAAGACAGAAUUCGUUAUUGUUGUUGUUAGGUGCCGUCGAGUUGGUUUUGACUCACAGUGACCCUAUGCACAACAGAACGAAACACUGCCCAGUCCUGCGCCGUCCUCGCAAUUGUUGCUAUGCUUGAGCCCAUGGUUGUAGCCACUGAGUCAAUCCAUCUCUUACAGUGUCUUCCUCUUUUUGGGAAUGUUAAUUUCCAGACCUACUUGUUGUGAUGGUUAAGAUUGUGCGUCAGCUUGGCUGGGCCAUGAUUCUGAGGGGUUUGGCAGUCUUAUGAUGUUGUAAUCAUUUCCAGGUUGAGAUUUGAUAGAAUGUGAUCACCCCCAUAACAGGAUCUGCUGUGAGUAGCCAAUCAGUUGAAAGGGAGUUUCCUUGGGUGUGUGGCCUGCAUUGAAUGUAAGUGGACAUUCUGGCAAGGCUCAUGGGCUUUUGCUUGCUCUGGGUCCUGCAGCCGGCUCCUGUUUGUCUGACCUCCAGUUCUUGGCCUUUGAGCUAGCAGUUUACCCACUGUCUUGCCUGCCGAUCUUGAGAUUCCAUGAUCUUCAUAGCCUGUGAGCAACAGCCCUGCUCUCUGACCUGCUGAUCUUGGGUUCGCCAGCCCCUGUAGUUACAUGAAUCAGGAGAAGCCACCAACCUGACCCACAGACUUGGGACAUUCCAGUCUCUAUGACCUCGUGAGCCAUUUGCUUGAUACAAAUCUCUCUCUGUAUAUAUUUAUAUGCUUUACUGGUUUUGCUUCUCUAGAGAACCCAUCCUAAGACACUUGCUGACUUGGUGUGUGCCCAGGUCCUGUUUCUAGACAGGGCAAUACUCAUGUGAACCUUGAUCCAGUUUUUGAAAUAUUUACAUUGCUGGGUAGGGCCAACGAAAAACGAAACUCUUAGAAGGCUGGACCAAAUGCACAAGACAACAUCUUGCUGGAAGGAUGUCUUCGGUAAGUGCCCCAGAAAGAUUUCUAAAGCUUUUAUUUCAAACAGCAACAAUAAUCCUGUUAGUGGUGAUUAUGCCUGUUUUCCUCAUUGGUCUGCAGCUCUGGCACAGAGGGGACACAGGGUACAUGCUGAGGGGGCCUGAGGAUCCGAUUCUCUCAGACACAGUGAGAGGAAGGAGCCACAGUGCUGGGCCACAAGCCCAGAGGCUUCCCUGUCUCAGUGGCUGCGUGGGGUUUGGCCCACUGAGGCUGAGGAGCAACAUGCCCUGGGUUUGGGUUUGAGGUUUUCCAAGCCGUCAUCCAGUCAUUCAGUGCUGAGGGGCCCACUGCCCAGGGCCCACCUCCUAGGUCACAGUCUCUUCAGUUGGUCCCUGGCAGGAGCAGGGGCAGGAGGGUCCAGGAAAAUGAUUCAGACUUUUGUGGAGACAUGGUGGGGGCUUUUCAGGAAGGUGUUCCUGCCCCCUCACCUCCAAAUACUGUCAGCACCUCAGCUUUUCCCUUCAUCCCUUUGCCCCUGUUCCGUCCCUUGCUUUUUCCUUCAGACUUAAUAAAAGCCACAUUUCACAUUUCCUGAGCACUCGCUGCAUUCCUCCAACAUCUGCUAGGGGCUGUAUUUAAUCUUGGCAGCAGCCCUGUCAGGUAGGAACAAUUACCCCCAAUUCUAUGAUAAGGGCACCCAUACUCUGAGGAAGUAACUUGUCCAAGAGGCAGAGAGGGGAUUUGAGCCUAGGUAGGUCUGACUUCAAAGUCUUUACUUUUUUUUUAAUUCCAGAAGAAAUACAUAAUACAUUCUCCUGGUUAAAAAAAAAACAGACAAGCCCAAACAAAAACUAUUGGUAUUAAGGCUAAAGUCCCUUUCACCAUCCUCCACUUUGUAGAUACCUCCCCCUCUAUACAAUUUGGUGUGUGUCCUUCCAAAUAUUUCUGUACACAUUUGUGUACAUAAAUAAUAGUACUCCACAUGUAUUGUUUUGUGAGUUUGAGUUUUGUGGUUGUUUUUAAUUUAGUUCUCCCAGUGUAGUUCAUUUAGGAAAUACUUGAAUCUUUUCCUUUAUUUACUUGUUUUUAGGAUAACGUGGUGAUUCCUUGGCAUCCUUCAGGAGUUUAAAAAAUAUCAAUAAGAAUUCAUGGAUGUAACACGUGUUUCCAUCUAAGUACAGUUAUUAUUCUUUUUGAGCUCAAAUCAUCCUAUCUUUGGUCAAGUGGACUCUUGACCCGGUUGUCAAAGAUUUCACUGUCCCUGCCAGGCUUCCAGUUGACUGGUAACCUCACCACUCCGAGUAGCAGCUCAAAUGCCUAGUCAGGAAGUCCCACCCCAUGUGACCCAGCUUAUCAGUCAGGUGGAGGAUGGGUGGUGGCUGGCCUCGGAGCAUUCCUGACACAAAAUUCCUAUGCCUAGGGUGUGUCUCACAUUUGACCUGAGCCAGGACAACGUGCCUUCUGUCCACAGGAAUCCCAGGGGGGCACUGCCCCACCACCGACUCCGAACCCCACCCUGUAAUCCCUUGCCUGGAGCUGCGUGCCCUUAAGCCCAGCCUGUCCCAGGCCGGCCUGAGCUUAUUAAGGGCACAAAUGUUAGAAACGUUCAGACCUAGAUUUCAAACUUGCUCUUCUACUCACUAGGUAAGGAUCAUUGGCAAGUGGCCUCACACUCCUGAGACUCAGUCUCCUCAUUUGUCUAGUGGGGUGAUGAUGUUCUCACCCAAAGGGUAAUGUGGGUCAUGGGCUCAGCACUUGUCUGGCACGUUGGGCUUUGCCAGUCGGAGCUCUGAAUCUCAAGCUUCACUCAGGCCUUGAUACGUGGCCCGUGGCCCCCUAUGAGGCAUUGCAGAUGUCCUCAGGAAUCACAAACUUGCUCACUGACACAAACAUGCUCCGUACAUACGAAACACUCACACCCAGCUGUGCACACCGACUCAUAGACUCCCCCCCGCAUCUCCUCCUUCCCUGAAGAACACCUUUCCAGCCCCAGCAGCUUCAAUAAAGGGGAGGAGCUUCCACCUGUGUGAAGAGACCUCCCCUCCCUGUUUCCUGCCUUGGUGACCAGGGCUGAGGGAGUGCUUGGAUGUUUCCUGGGAGGGCACAACAAUGCCUGUCUCUGUUUUUCUGUUGCAGGAUAGACCAAAGCUUGGAGACCUGAUUGAGAUUUUUCGCAUUGGCUAUCAGCACUGGGCCAUCUACGUGGGAGGUGGUUAUGUGAUCCACCUGGCUCCUCCAAGUGAGUUUGCUGGAGCUGGUGCGGCCAGUGUCAUGUCUGCCCUGAUGGAUAAAGCCAUAGUGAAGAAGGAACUGCUGUCUGUGGUAGUUGGGCGGGACAGGUACCGGAUCAAUAACAAACAUGAUGACAGGUACUUUCCGCUACCUCCCAGAAAAAUCGUUCAGCGGGCAGAGAAGCUGGUGGGACGGGAGGUGGUCUACCAGCUGACCAGCAGGAACUGCGAGCACUUUGUGAACGAGCUGCGCUAUGGAGUUGCCUGCAGUGACCAGGUCUCUGAUGCAGUCGCUACAGUGGGUGCCGUGGGAGUGGGCCUGGCAGCCGUAGGCCUCAUUGCGCUUCUGGUGACCAGAAACAGGCGGCAACAGCAAUAAGUUCAAGGAACUGUCUUGACAGCAAGAAGUUACGGGGCAUCUGGCUUAGCCAGUAGGUGUGGGGUUUGGUUUAUUGAUUUCACCAUUUGUGAUCAUUUUGGCUUAUUUUAAUGGAGCUAAAUAAAAGUAGAAGUAGAAAGAUUUUAUCUGGGAAAAUGCAGCCCAGCGUGAAGUGUGUUGGGGGGGGAGUGGACAGGGGCUCUUUCCUGGCGACACUGAGUUGCAUCCUGGCCAUUCUGUGGGUUUCCUCUCAUGAAGGCUGUGUUUUUUUGAGACCUGAGUAUGCACAUGGAGCAUGGGGCUAGACAGACCUGACUGAUGGACAAGACAGGAAUCUUUGGCCCACAGCAUGAGACCCCAGCGGCUGGAACUCUGUUGAAGAUUUUCGGCAAUGAAUGUGACUCAGCUACAGGGACUGCCAGCUCCCCUUCCCCUCGUUACUCCCCGCUCCUCUUGAUUCCAAUAAAGACCGUUGCUUUUAAGCUGUAUCUGGUCGACCUGACUCAUGGUAACCCCACGCACAGUAGAAUGAAAUGCUGCCUGGUCCUGCCCUAUUCCCAUGAUCAGUUUUGGAUUGCACCAUUGUGAUUCACAGAGUUUUCAUUGGCUGAUUUUCAGAACUAGAUAGCCAGGCCUUUCUUCCUAGUCUGUCUUAGUCUGAAAGCUCUGCUGAAACCUGUUCCACAUUGCAGCAACAUGCAAGCCUCCAAUGACAGAUAGGUGGGUGGUAGCUACACAUGCGGUGCCCUGGCCUGGAAUCAUAUCCUGGUCUCCAGCAUGGUUGGCAGGAAUUCUACUACUGGACCAACGCUAACCAAAAUGAGUUUUUGUCAGCUCUCUACAUCUUUUCCCUGCCUUGCCACUUCCACCUCCUCAGCACGCCUGCAUAGGCACCACAUCUGUUCACCACGAUCCUCAAGUCACUGAUCCCACAUCCCUGUGCUGGUUUCUCUUCCUGCAUCUGCUCAGCUCACCUCAGUUCCCCUGCCUCCUGCCCCUUCCUGUGU